UUUUCUCCUUCGCAAUGUUUUGUCGCUGCGUUUUUUCUUUCCCUCUCUCCGAAAUUUUUUGCCGCCGCAUUCAGCCCCUUUACCUUCUCGAUCCCUAAGCAUUCCCCCUCUAAUGCCCCGACGAACUCUUCUUCCUCCUGUAAGAGAAAAGAGGAAGGCAGAAUGAAUCUGCGCUUCUUUUGUUGUCUCCUCUUCUGCAUCCUGGAAGAUGAUGUGAAGGGCUUAGGGGCGUUUAGGGCGUCGAUUAGGGAUUCCGUUUUGGUCGUCGUCUCCUCCUCCUCCUCCUUAUCAUCUUCAUCAACAAAUCCAUCAAUUCGUCCUCACCGUCACGGCCGACAAGCAUGCAGAGGAGAGACUCCAGUCGGUUGCAGGCCAGCGAGUCACCAACGAGGCGAGGUGCUUGUGGUUAAACCAUAAAACCCUAACAUUAUCAGAUCCGCGUCUGCAGGCCAGAAAUAAUGCACCUAAAUUGUGGCUCAGCCGACGCCAACGUACACGAUUUUCUACCACUGCAUUUGGCAAAUGCUCAAAGGAGCCAAAGGUUCCCACAGCGCCAUGACGCUCGCCCUUCCAGUCACGCUCGGCUCUCUACUCAUCGGCGCAACCCCAGUAAGGUUCAAACAAACCCAAGCGCCGGUAGCUGCACUUGGGAUCCAGUCUCCGCCUUCUCCUCUUCUGCCUCCGUCGACUGGGUGAAGGUUACCGACGGCGAGUUCUUCCAAACCGACUCCAGGCCGAUCAUGCCCUUCGACGGCGUGUGCAAUUUGUGCAACGGUGAAGUCAGAUUUGUUCGCGACAACAAUCGCAACAGGUCUCAUGGUCCUCUCCGUUUUCUUCUUCGUUUUCCCCCUUUUCUUAGAUGAAUGAUUAGGUACGAGGCGCUUCAGAGUGAAUCUGGUAGGAAACU